GGAAACCAGACCCCCUCUAGCAAUCACGGCGGUCGGUUUUCUGCAGUUUUCGGCCUCGGAGGGCCGUUCCCGGGCCUGGGGGCCGUUCAAAAACGAUUCCGGAUGAAAAACCGGUCCCGAAGGCCACCACGGCUCGAACCCAUUCGAAAGGGCCGGCCUCGCACUCCCAUCGCUCCUUCACUCGCACAUGCCGCGCAGUGACCAUGGGACGUCUCGUCAGCGAUGACAUGCACACGCAUCGGCUGAACGCUCCGUGUGCGCCCCGGGCGAGGCUCAGCACACGCGCGACGGGAACGACCACCAUGGCGCACGGCAUGGCAGAGGCGACAGCUGUGUACUACGUCGCAUUCGUCACGACACAACAGAACGCCGAGUCUGCCAACAUCAUGCACACCAUGAACUAUAAAGCGACCGACGAGGUAAACGAGAUGUUGUGGACCACGCGCUGUGACGCGACAUCACGCACGACUAUGAGCUGGCGGAGGAUAGCACCAGUCAGGCGGACCUGUUCACGGCUGUAUGCUUUGAUUCUGGAUCUGCUGGACCAGCCACUCCAGCAAACACUCCAUCUGCUGGACCAGCCACUUCCAGACCGUCCUGAUCGGAAAGCUUAGGCAUCGGUAGCGAUUCCUGCUUCUUUACGCAUAGUGAGCACUCACAGCCAACUGUUUGUUUGGACGACGACGCCUCAUAGCAGGUAGUCUCUACCAACCUCCCUCUCACUACUCCCGCUCAGUUGACUCGCCCCGAAUGCGGCCGCACUCAGACGAAUCUUCGCAUCCUGCUCAUUAUUUCGAGGCGCGCCGCUUGUGCGAUUCAGAGUGGCCUCCGCCCACUCGACGCCAACCUGUAGAUGCCAGCAGCUCCGUGCAUCGCUUCAUUCUUCCUCCCCUCUCCUCGGGGAGGGCGUGGUUAACGGAAUGGGGUUGGGUGGGUCCCCCCCCGCGCGUGCACGCUUGACUGCCCGCUCCAUGCUAGCAGCACCGCGCGCAGCGUUCGGCCGAAGGGCAAGAGGCAGUCCCUGCACUGCAGCGGCGACUGCAUAAUAUUACAAGAAUCUUCGUGCUGUUGCGGUGCUGCGCAAGGCGUCAGCGUUGCGCAGUACGGCAGACAGUACAACGUGGGGAUACCCAUCAGUUUCACAUCACACACAGUGAAAGUUCGUUCUUUGCUCCGAUGCCGCCCAUUUUUUCUGAUCGCAUGACUAUUUUUCAUUUUUCGUCCAAAAUCAGACUGUAGGGGGACUGAACGUCAAACGGCGGCGGCUCCGCCGGCGCAAGGUCAAAAGAAGGCG